UUGAAGGCGUCUAAAUCCACCCACUCUUGACUCCCACCGUUGACGCAUAUAAAGGCGGGCAAUCAGGUUACUCUCAACCUUUAUAUUCGUGGACUAGGGAUUCCCCCUGUCCUCAAAUUCCUUUUCAAUUCUUCAGACCGACAGCUGCAUAAUUGCACUAAACCAUGGCUGACAAGGUAAAGCUGCACUACUUCAACGGAAGAGGAAAAAUGGAAUCAAUCCGCUGGCUCCUGACAGUUGCAGAAGUUGAGUUUGAUGAGUUCCAUCUGACCAACCGGGAUCAGUACCUAAAAUUGCUGAACGAUGGAGACCUCAUGUUUCAACAGGUCCCCAUGGUGGUAAUCGACGGAAUGAAGCUCGUUCAGACCAGGGCCAUCCUGAACUACAUCGCGGAAAAGUACAAUCUGCAUGGAAACGAUAUCAAAGAACGGGUCAAGAUCAACAUGUACACUGAAGCGCUCAUUGAACUCAUGGAAAUGAUCAUGAUUCUGCCCUUCGCUCAAGACCCGAAUGCCAAACUGUACAACAUCGAAACCAAAGCGAAAGAGCGCUACCUGCCCGUCUUCGAGAAGCAACUGAUGGAGCACAUUUACCUGGUGGGAAGUCGGCUGAGCCUCGCCGACGUGCUGCUGAUGGAGUGCACGCUCAUGCUGGAGGAGAAGUUCGUGGGGAUCCUUGCAGACUUCCGCAACGUCAAGUCCUUUCAGGGGCGCAUGUCCAAAAUUCCUGCCAUCUCCAGAUUCCUGCAGCCUGGAAGCAAGAGGAAGCCUCAGCCUGACGACGUUUACGUCAAAACUGUCAAGGAAGUUUUCAACCUAAACAUUUCACUUCCUUAAAAUGCCCUCAACUCUAAAAAAAAAAAAAUGUAUUGAAAGUUAGAACUUUGUUGCACAUUAAAAGCUGUCCUCUCAA